CUAUACGUUAUGCUUCCACCACCUCGACCUGCAGAUCCAGACAACUCUAUCCGACUCACAGACAACGAUGCAGCGAUCGCCAGACUAUCUGCCGUCAACAAACAGUAUAUCUCUGAUCCCUUUAUCAAAUCUCUCGUUCCGCGAGCUCACUUACAACCUUCCCGGCCACCAUUAAUUAACAUCGGAACCCAUGUCAGGACCACCGCUAUCGACGACCUGGUUCAACAGUGGGUACAGAUAUCCUCUCAGACAGGACAAACAUGUCAGAUAGUAAGCUUGGGUGCGGGAAGUGAUACAAGAUACUGGCGGUUGGCCACAGGGCCUCACAAAAACAUGAUAUCCGCAUACAUCGAGAUUGAUUUUAUGGAAAAUACCACCAAGAAGAUCAUGGCCAUUAGGAAGAGUAAGGAGCUUAGCGCGGUGGUUGGCCCGGAAGCGAGACUCGCCCUAGGUGGCACUGCUCUUCAUUCAUCUGUCUACCAUCUUUUGCCGGCUGACCUUCGAGAAACUCCGGCGACUGCGCUCGCUCCAUUGAUCACCAUCGCGGAUGAUUCAUCAAAACUUUGUUUGGAUCCAUCCAUCCCGACACUCCUACUCUUCGAAUGUGUUCUCGUCUAUAUGUCCCCAGAGUCCUCGUCGACCCUUAUUCAAUGGUUUUCAGAUUACUUCUCCAAACUGCCUCAGCAUGCACCUCUUGGGGCAAUUGUCUACGAAAUGUUUGGUCUCGAAGACUCUUUUGGGCGCGUGAUGAUCAACAAUCUCAAGGCCCGCAACGUUACACUCCCGGGAGCAGCACCGUAUCCUACCGUUGAAAGUCUCCCAAGCCGUUUCCUAAACCUCAAGUUCACAGCGGCCAAUGCUCUCACGCUGCGGGUCAUUCGCAAUCGUUACAUCGCACCACAGGAGCUUGACAGAAUAGCAAAAUUAGAGUUUCUGGAUGAAGUCGAAGAACUAGAUCUUGUACUCGAGCAUUAUGCCAUCACUUGGUCCAUUAUGCUACCUGUCAACGCCAAAGCAGACCCAGCAUGGGGUCGUUGGAGUUUGACUGAGAAGCCGCGACCGGAAGAAGAUGGUAAUUUUUGA